GGCUAUCAAGGUACUUGCCUAAAGAGGGGCAUUCCCCUCUGGCACAGGUCAAAAAGAAAGAGCCGAGGUCUCGGCCCCACCAUCGCUCCUCUUCCCGGCAACCAAGUGCGGCGCCGAAGUACGAAUCACUACCGAGUACAGACAGAGUACAUACACACCUCCAGGACUCCUUGCUGGCAUCACCAGUUGCUGUCAGUCGCGCGCGCGCAUUGCGCAGCAGUCCCCCACCCCUCUGGCGACCGGCCAUGGCGUCCAUGCUCGAAUUCCGCACCCCGGGCUUCAACCCGUACGCGGUCAAGUACUCGCCUUACUACGAUUCGCGCCUCGCCGUUUCUGCCUCUGCCAACUACGGUAUAGUCGGUAAUGGCCGCCUCUUCGUCCUCGGUCUAGGCCCUGCCGGCAUCCAGCUGGAAAAGGGCUUCGACACUAACGAUGCCCUCUACGAUCUGGCCUGGUCCGAGAUCAACGAGAACCAGUUGGUGGUAGCUUGCGGCGAUGGCUCGCUCAAGCUGUUCGACCUGACCGCCCCCGGCGAUUUCCCUGUUAUGAACUUUAGCGAACAUAACCGCGAGGCCUUUUCCGUAUGCUGGAACCCCAUCGCAAAGGACAGCUUCAUCUCGAGUUCCUGGGACGGCACCAUCAAGAUCUGGUCCCCCUCACGCCCAACCUCACUCAAAACCCUCCCCGUCGGCAACUGCACCUACUCGGCCGCCUUCUCACCCACCAACCCCUCCAUAAUCUCGUGCGUCUCCUCCGACUCCCACAUCCGCAUCUUCGACCUGCGCAGCCCAGUCUCCGCCAAAUACCACCUGACCACCGUGAUCCCGGCGCACGCACCACCCCAGGGCGGCGACCCAGCCGCCCCCCUCCCCCUCCUCUCAACGGGGCAGACCUUCGCGGGGGCGGUGCCGGCCGAGAUCCUGACGCACGACUGGAACAAGUACCGCGACACGGUGCUGGCGACGGGGGGCGUGGACCGGCUGAUCCGGACCUUCGACCUGCGCAACCCGCGCGGCGGGCCCGCCGCCGUGCUGCCGGGCCACGAGUACGCCGUCCGCCGCCUCGCCUGGAGCCCCCACGCCAGCGACGUGCUCGCCAGCGCCAGCUACGACAUGACGGUGCGCGUGUGGUCCGACGGGUCGGCGGCGGCGUUUGGCGCUGGCGCUGGUGCUGGUGUAGCACAACAACACCCGAAUACCAUCCCCGUCGGCACCCAGCUCGGCGUCAUGAACCGCCACUCCGAGUUCGCUACUGGUGUUGAUUGGUGUCUGUUUGGUACGGGCGGCUGGCUGGCCUCGGCUGGUUGGGACCAGCGCGUGUUAGUGUGGGACGCCCAUACCCUGCUGAGAGGGGGGUGAUUUUGGUCGGUUGAGCCUCCAUCUUGCACUUAUCUCACGCUUUUCACCGUGUGUACAUGUGCCCGUUUGUGUGUGUACGUCCGCCGGGUCUUCGACGGUCUUGAUGGUUGGGUGGUCUGGGUUGGGCUGUGGGAAACGGAACCGAGGAGGAUCAUGUCGGCUUUUGGGCGUGUGGAGAGAGGAAAGGACAGAGAUGAUACCCCGUUGGAGAAGGAGGAGGAGGGACAGACUUGGCGAUACAAUGGGCUUUGGAAACGUCGGGUCAGAGUACAGGCCGGCGGUCGGGGGGGCGGCAAUGACGGGGAUGAUGUCGGGUCAUAGCGGGAAAAUAGAUGGGUCGAGAGACAAAGAGUGAGACUACCUAUGUAUGUAAGAAGAACCGGCGUUGUAGCAAGACCGGCGAUUCCUGUUUUCGAGAAGAAUGUAAAAUAGCAGCAGCGAAUGACAAACUUACCGUGUGUUCCCUGUC